CUGACCAAUAAGAAUGGAUAAAGAUGUUGACACCUGCAGUCAACUUUUUCGAAUUUGUAUAUAAUUUAUUUUGAAUAUAUCAGUAAUAUAAAAUACAAUUUAUGAUCAGAAAAAUCUGUUUGAGUAGAGAUUAUAAUAUAUUCUAUUUUCAAUAUGCCGUGUGAAAUGAUUACUCUUCAACUGGGUCAAUGUGGCAAUCAAAUUGGAUUCGAGUUUUGGAAACGCCUUUGUGCCGAACAUGGUAUCAAUCCUGAAGGAAUUCUUGAAGAUUACGCAACAGAAGGGAUAGACCGAAAAGAUGUAUUUUUCUAUCAAGCAGAUGAUGAACACUACAUUCCCAGGGCGGUUCUUCUGGAUUUGGAACCCAGGGUAAUAAAUACAAUACUAAACUCCCCGUACUCCAAACUGUAUAAUCAGGAAAAUGUCUUCCUUUCAAAAAAUGGGGGUGGUGCUGGAAAUAAUUGGGCAUCAGGUUUUUCUCAAGGUGAAAAGUUGAAUGAAGAAAUUUUUGAUAUCAUUGACAGAGAAGCAGAAGGUAGUGACAGCUUGGAAGGCUUUGUGUUGUGUCACUCUAUUGCUGGGGGUACUGGUUCAGGAAUGGGUUCGAAUAUUUUAGAGAAAUUAUCUGAUCGUUUUCCAAAAAAGCUUGUGCAAACAUACAGUGUGUUUCCUAAUUUGGAUGAGAUAAGUGAUGUUGUUGUCCAGCCAUACAAUUCAUUAUUGACUCUCAAACGUCUAACAGAAUCAGCAGAUUCAGUAGUGGUCUUGGAUAAUACUGCUUUAAAUAGAAUUGCUGCUGACCGUUUAAAAAUACAGAAUCCUACUUUUACCCAAAUCAACAGUUUAGUGAGCACAAUUAUGUCAGUAUCAACUACUAGUUUGAGAUAUCCUUCUUACAUGAACAAUGAUCUAAUGGAACUUCUUGGUCCUCUUAUUCCAACACCCCGUCUACAUUUCCUUAUGACAGGGUAUACACCUCUUUCUACUGAUACCGAUGAAGUCAGUGUGAGGAAAACCACAGUGUUGGAUGUUAUGAGACGAUUACUUCAACCAAAGAACAUGAUGGUAUCAACUGCUCAGGAUAGAAGUUCUCAGCACUGUUUUAUUUCUAUUUUAAACAUUAUUCAGGUAAGAUUGAAUUUCUAACUAGGUAACAACAAU